AGAUGCUAUAUAGAGUAGAUGUUUCUAGAAUAAGCGUAGAAUAACCAAACCCAAACCAGAGCAUAAUCGCGCGUGUCAUUGCCAAGGAAUAACAAAGAAAACCGCGCAAACGAAGAAGGAAGAGGAAGAACCAGAAACAGAUAACAAAAGGAAGAAGAAGAAGAAGAAGAAGAAGAAGAAGAAGAAGAAGAAGAAGAAGAAGAAGGUGAGUUCACCAACGCACUACAAAGAAAAAAAUGGCGGAGAAAUUGGCCCCCGAAAAGCGUCACAUCUUCCUCCACAACGGUCAAAAAGUGUUCGAGUGGGAUCAAACCCUAGAUGAAAUCAAUAUUUACACCAAUCUUCCUCCCAAUGUUCAUUCCAAGCAAUUCUACUAUAAGAUUCAGUCCAAGCACAUCGAACUUGGAAUCAAAGGCAAUCCUCCGUAUCUCAACCAUGAUUUUACUAGCCCGGUGAAGACAGAUUCUUCAUUUUGGACCUUAGAGGAUGAUAUAAUGCACGUCACGCUGCAAAAGAGAGACAAGGGUCAGACAUGGGCUUCUCCCAUAUUAGGUCAGGGUCAGCUGGAUGCUUACACUACUGAUAUUGAACAGAAGCGCCUCAUGCUUCAGAGAUUUCAGGAGGAGAAUCCAGGUUUUGAUUUUUCACAAGCUCAAUUCAGUGGAAACUGUCCUGAUCCAAGGACCUUCAUGGGUGGAAUCCGAUCAGAUUGAUCUUUGCUGCAGUAGUUUGUAUUUGCCUGCUGUAAGAUUACAAUAAGAUAGUGAAUAAUUUGUGUAAUCACAUUAUUCGCACUUAUUUUAAUUUAUGCAGUCCAUGUAAUGAAUGAGGUAUUGACACCCUGUGGUAUUUUUUAAUCUGUCUGCUGCCCCGCCCCUGGCUUCCUAA